GGCCGCCGAGGGCGCACAGCAACGGCAGAGAUGCCCCGAUCUCCAUCUUCCUCGAAACCGACCUCGGCACCCGGCUCGCGCUGCUCGUCGCCCCCGACACCACCAUCCGUGGCCUGAAGUCGCUGGUGAACGCGGAGCACGCCGCCUCCUUCCCCGACUUUGGCCCCGUCGCAGUCAAGUAUUUACAGGUCCGGCGGAAGGGUGUACUGUAUCACCUAUCUGAUUCAAUGACAGUGACAAGUUCCUUCACCAAAAUCAAAGGUGGGUGCUUUCUUUAUGUCAAGAUGGCAGAGGCAGCAGCAGCCACACUCUGCCACGAUGGAAGGAGAUCGAGUGGCAGUCAUCUUGGAAUUCCUGUAAGGAAGCGUGUUCAGGAGCUGCCUGCAAUGGCAUCAGAAAUUGCUUGUGAUGCACUUCCUCAAAGACUAGAAGGUGGUGAUGCUGCUGCAGCUUUGAAUGAUGUUCAAGCACAUGAUGCAUUACCAUCCUCAUCACAGCUAAAUACUGAAAUAAAGAAGAAAGAAGCAAAGAGUCGCAGUAGCCAGAUAAAAUAUGCUAAUAAAACUGAAGGUGCUUAUAUUAGUUCCACGCCAAUAUCAAAUGUUGGUAAACCUUCAAAUCAGAGCAAUGUGUCACAUGCUGGUGCCGGAGAUUUGACUAAAUCGAGUAGAACUCCACUGGAAGCAGGCAUAAAUACUUCUUCUCGGCAAGAAGUUCAGGACACUUUACAUGAGGAGUCCACUCAAAAUCCAAGCACUGUUGAAAAGACUAGGAGGAGGAAGAAGAGAAAUCGUCAAUUGACUCCUUCCGUAGCUGCUGAUCAAAAAACAAGCGUACCAUCAGCUGUGGUUAAGGAAUUAUCUAUAUCCACAGGUGAUGCAUCUAAUGUUGAAUUGUCAGGCAGAGAUGAAACUGCAGUCAAAGCAUCUGGUUUGCCUCUUUCAUCAUCAGGACUCAAUGAUGGAAACAAGGGGGGCAAACAUGUUCUGUUUAUGAGCAAUGCUCAGGCAUCUACUGAUCUAAUCUCUGAACAAGGUGAAGUUGUAGCUAGUGAAGAAAAAACUUCAAAAGGAAGCAUCACCCCAUGGGAUGGAGAUGAGAAGCAUGAACAAAUAAAACAACAUGAUGAGGGAGGUCAUGAUAAAGGUGUAGCUGAAAUAAGCAACACGGUGAAACAUGGGAAAAGUACGGAUGCCUUGGAGAAGAGGCGGACAAAGGAUAAUACUUCUCCAUUGGAGAAGCGCAAGAGAGCAAGUAAGGCUAGUUCUGCUGACUUGGGUUCCAUGAAUACUACUCAUGAGAAGGAGAUGCAUGGGUAUCAAGAGAAUGCAGCCAGAUCAGAUGCAGUUUCUACUGAAAGGGUGAUUCUCCAUGACCCUUCUACGCAACAGAUCUCAAACAAUGUGCAUCAAGGGGAUUCAAAUAUAAUAGAGAAUUCAAAUGGUGAUCAGAAGGAAAAGAAAACAAGACGACAGCACUCAGAAUCGUCUAAGGUUGUUGAUCCUAGUCAAGAUCUGAAAGCAUCAUCUGCAUUUGUUACGAAUGAAAGCUCGAUGCAAGUUGUAGCUAGUGAAGAAAAAACCUCAAAAGGAAGCAUCACCCCAUGGGAUGGAGAUGAGACGCAUGAACAAACAAAACAACAUGAUGAGGGAGGUCAUGAUAAAGGUGUAGCUGAAAUAAGCAACAAGGUGAAACAUGGGAAAAGUACAGAUGCCUUGGAGAAGAGGCGGACAAAUGAUAAUACUUCUCCAUUGAAGAAGCGCAAGAGAGCAAGUAAGGCUACUUCUGCUGACUUGGGUUCCAUGAAUACUACUCAUGAGAAGGAGAUGCAUGGGUAUCAAGAGAAUGCAACCAGAUCAGGUGCAGAUUCUACUGAAAAGGUGAUUCUCCAUGACCCUUCUACGCAACAGAUCUCAAACAAUGUGCAUCAAGGGAAUACAAAUAUAAUAGAAAAAUCAAAUGGUGAUGGGAAGAAAAAGAAAACAAGACGACAGCACUCAGAAUCUUCAAAGAGAGUUGGUCCUAGUCAAGAUCUGACAAAAUCAUCUGCAUUUGUUACAAAUGAAAGCUCGAUGCAAGUCACAGCUGUUGCUCCCCUGGAUACAAUACAAACAACCCCAUGCAGUAUAGAAGGAGCAACAGUUAUUGACCACAAGAAGCUUGGUGAAAACCUUGAUAUAGCAGCAAAAAAUGUGAUUGAUGAGGUUUUGGCAGAUCUGAGAUCUAAAGACAGCUUAAGUAUGGAUUUGGAUGGAGAUAUGUUGACAGGAAAAACUCACCUAGGUGGCAAUAAUAAUGCACUUGAAUAUCCUGAAUCCACAGCGGAUGAAGUUGGUGUCAGUACUGCAUUACCUCUGAAAUAUCCUGCAGCAGUUCACUCUGAUGUUCCUGCCAGCUCACCGAGACUUAAGAAGUCUAAGAGGGAAAAUUUGAAAGUGCUAUCAACAAUGAUUGACUCAUCUCAUCAUUCAAGCAGUGCACCUGAAGAAGAUGCUAAUAAAAAAUUAAAUGAGUCUGAUUCUUUGAGGUUUUCUGACUAAACAAGUGAUCCUAAGGAUAUUUUGAUUGGAGAUGUCAUUGCACAAGCUGGUGAGAAACCCAAAGCCACUAAGCGCGGGGAAAAGAAGCUUUCCUUAAAGCAGGUAUCUGCAGAUAGUGGUAAAAUUUUGGAUGAGCGAGUCAGUCAGGUUGAUACGCUAGACUUGAAGGGAAUGAAUGCUACACGAGCAAAUUUGGUUCAAGGAGGUUCUGUAGUUGAAACUCCUUUGAGUACUACUGAUGAAAAAGUAGAGCAGAAAGGCAGAAGGUCGUCCAAGACUCACACUGCUAAAAUACAAGAAACUAAUUCUCCUAUCCCUGGGCUGGAUAGUCAGUUAGCUAAGGACACCCAGGUUGAGUAUGUAACCCAUGUCAUUGGGACCUAUGAUAAUGAAAAUGCAGCAAUAACUCCGAAAGAAACACCUGUAGUUCAGAAAGAUGAGGCUUUUAAGUCUUCCGUCCCUAAUGCUCAAAAAGCAAGGAAAAAAUCUUUGAACUCUAAACUUCA